AUGACUUCCCUGAAACAAUUCAUCCGUAAUGUUCGUUCGGCCAAAACUAUUGCCGACGAACGUGCCGUCAUUCAGAAAGAGAGUGCCGCCAUCCGUGCAUCCUUCCGCGAAGAGAGCCAUGAUUCGGGAAUCCGGAGAAACAAUGUAGCCAAACUCCUAUACCUGUUCACCCUCGGUGAACGCACCCACUUCGGUCAGAUCGAAUGUCUAAAGCUCCUCGCCUCCCACCGCUUUGCCGACAAGCGUCUGGGUUACCUGGGAACCAUGCUGUUGUUGGAUGAGAACCAGGAAGUGUUGACAUUGGUGACGAACUCAUUGAAGAAGACUUGCGCUGACGUCGUUUUCCCCGAAUGUAGUGAUCUCAACCAUUCCAACCAAUAUAUCGUCGGCCUUGCCCUCUGCGCCCUCGGCAACAUCGCCUCCGUCGAGAUGUCACGAGAUCUUUUUCCCGAAGUCGAGAACCUUCUGUCCACCGCGAACCCCUAUAUCCGGAGGAAAGCUGCCCUCUGUGCCAUGCGCAUCUGCCGCAAGGUUCCGGACUUGCAGGAGCAUUUCCUGGAAAAGGCUAAACAACUGCUGUCUGACCGGAACCACGGUGUCUUGCUGUGUGGAUUGACUUUGGUCAUUGACAUGUGUGAGGCGGAGGAAGCGGAAGAAGGCCAGGAAGGCGUGAUCGAAAUGUUCCGGCCCCUGGCUGGCGGGCUUGUGCGUGCUCUGAAAGGGCUGACCACGUCGGGAUACGCCCCGGAACAUGACGUCUCUGGAAUCACCGAUCCUUUCCUCCAGGUCAAGAUCCUGCGUCUCCUGAGAGUGUUGGGAAGAGGUGAUGUUGCGACGAGCGAGUUGAUUAACGAUAUCCUGGCCCAGGUGGCUACCAACACGGAUUCUUCGAAGAACGUCGGCAACUCCAUCCUCUACGAAGCUGUCCUGACCAUCCUCGACAUUGAAGCUGAUUCGGGUCUGCGUGUCCUGGGUGUUAACAUUCUCGGAAAGUUCCUGACAAAUAAGGACAACAACAUUCGCUACGUCGCCCUGAACACACUGAACAAGGUCGUCGCCAUUGAACCGAAUGCCGUGCAGAGACACCGUAAUACCAUCUUGGAAUGUCUCCGUGAUCCCGAUAUCAGUAUCCGACGUCGAGCUCUGGACCUGAGCUUCAUGCUGAUCAACGAGGGAAAUGUCCGCGUUCUUGUCCGGGAAUUGUUGGCGUUCUUGGAGGUGGCGGAUAAUGAGUUCAAGCCUGCCAUGACUACCCAGAUCGGGAUUGCCGCUGAUCGGUUCGCACCGAACAAGCGCUGGCACGUCGACACAAUCUUGCGGGUUCUCAAACUGGCUGGUGCCUAUGUGAAGGAACAGAUCCUGUCUUCCUUUGUCCGACUCAUCGCGACAACCCCGGAAUUACAGACCUACUCUGUGCAGAAGCUGUACAUGUCCCUGAAGGACGAUAUCUCCCAGGAGGGGCUCACACUGGCCGCCACUUGGGUGAUUGGCGAAUAUGGCGAUAGCCUCCUCCGCGGCGGGCAAUACGAGGAAGAGGAAUUGGUGAAGGAGGUUCAAGAGAGUGACAUUGUUGAUCUUUUCAACAACAUCCUUAACAGCACAUAUGCCUCGCAGACCGUGGUCGAGUACAUCACCACGGCCUCGAUGAAGCUGACAGUGCGCAUGUCUGACCCCAGCCAGAUUGAGCGUCUCCGUCGCUUCCUCCUGAGCAGAACCGCCGAUCUCAGCGUGGAGAUUCAGCAGCGAGCCGUCGAGUACAGCAACCUCUUUGGAUAUGACCAGAUCCGCCAAGGCGUCUUGGAACGGAUGCCCGCGCCUGAGAUUCGCGAGGAACAGAGGGUGUUGGGCGCACCAACCAAGAAGCGCCAAAGCAAGGUCCUCAAGGACAAGACCAAGAAACCUGCUAAGCAGGCGGAACAAGACAUGCUCCUCGAUCUCAUGGGCGGCGACGCGCCCGCAACCAGCCCGACCGGUAACACCUCUCAAAACACGGCCGAUCUACUGGCCGAUAUCCUUGGUGGGGACUCGGGAAUGUCCUCACCAGCGCCUCAACCAGCCCAGCAGCCCGCCCAGAGCAACACUGCGGCCAUCAUGGACCUCUUUGGCUCCAAUGGGGCCAGCGCGACCCCGUCUCCCCAACCCACACAGCCAGCGUCUUCCCUGGAUCUACUAGGGGGCCUGGGAUCUAGCACGUCUCCAGCUCCAGCGGCUUCCGCGGCCGCAGCGCCCGCACACACUGCGUUCGAUAAAAACGAGUUGUCUCUGACGUUACAAGUGCAACGGAGCGGUCCCAACAAUGCACAGAUCCAGGCUCGUUUCCGCAACGCGUCUAACUUUGGCAGUUUCUCGGGUGUUGGACUUCAGGCUGCCGUGCCCAAGAGCCAACGACUGCAACUGAGUGCGAUCAACAAGGCCGAUCUCGAGGGCGGCGAUGAAGGCAUCCAGAUGCUGAAAGUGACAGCUCUCAGUGGGGCACUCCCACCCAAGCUGCGUCUUCGUCUCCGUAUCACAUAUGCGAAAGACGGAUCUGCGCCGGUGACUGAUCAGGUCGACUGGACCGAGCCGUAG